UCUCUCCCCUUGGCGCGGCGGCGGGCUCGGAGCAGCGGAGCACGCGCGUCUGCGCCGGCAACCAAUAAACCGAGCGGCGUGUGUCUAGUACGCGCCUACUUGUGCGUCAGUGCGUGUGUGCCUGCUCCGCUGCUGUGGUUGCGGACUCUCGUUUCUUGCCCACAUUUCGUGCGCAUCGGAGCAGUACUUGCAUACGACACAGACACGUCGGCUAGGAUCAGACGCAUACCAGUCCAACCACCAUCCCCUUCAGGAGAACGUGAACACCGCCGGAUACGCAGAAAGGUUUCAUCGGACAAGCAGCGAGCGACUCGGAGCUUGAGUCGCGGCCAUCGCUGCCGCUGUGCGCCGCAGCUGCGGAGCAUCGGAGAAACGACCGCUGCGGCUAAGUGUUGAAGCGAGGAGUAACCAGAGAAGUACAUACGCCAUGACGUCAUUGCCGGCGGGCGGGGGCCUUCCCCCUGCUCGUGGCCUGUACGACCCCCGACAGGAACGCGAGUCUUGCGGCGUCGGCUUCGUCGUCAACAUCGAGGGCGUUCCCUCGCACAAGCUCAUCCAAGAUGCGGAGACCAUGUCUCGGCGCAUGGAGCACCGCGGAGCCUGUGCCUGCGACAACAACACGGGAGACGGAGCCGGCGUCAUGAUGGCCGUCCCCGACAAGUUCUACCGCAAGAGGCUCAGGGAGGAGCUGAACAUAGUGCUGCCCCCUGCUGGUCACUAUGCCACGGGUGUCUGCUUCCUGGAACAGAUGACAGCUCCUGAAGCCGAGAGGAGGUUCGAGGAAGAGGCCCUGGCCAACAACCUGAAGGUUCUCUGCUGGAGGACCCUUCCCACAGAUGACGCAACCCUGGGCUCAGUGGCUCGUUCCACAGAGCCUUACAUGCGCCAGGUGUUUGUGGUACCCACCGGUGGACAGGCAGGCAGCGAUUUCAAGCGAGACGUGUUUGUCCUCCGGAAGACCACUUCUCACAAGAUUCCCAGUGAUAAGCUGCGUUACUACAUCUGCAGCCUGUCACCGGACACUAUCGUAUACAAGGGCCAGCUGACGACCACCCAGCUGUGGCGGUACUUCUUAGAUCUCCAGGAUCCCGAAUGCGAGACGUACUUGGCCCUCGUCCAUGCCCGCUUCUCGACAAACACGUUCCCCAGCUGGGAGAGGGCCCACCCACUGCGGCUCUUGGCUCACAACGGAGAGAUCAACACGCUCCAGGGCAAUGUGAACCUGAUGCGUGCCCGUGAGGGUGUCAUGCAGACGUCCAUCUUUGGGGACCGGCUCCGCGAGCUGUACCCCGUGGUCGAGCCCAACCUGUCCGACUCCGGCAGUGUGGACACUGUGCUCGAGUUCCUUGUCAUGGCUGGGCAACGCUCUCUUCCAGAGGCGGUUAUGACUAUGGUGCCCGAGGCUUGGCAGAAUAAUGAACAGAUGAGCGUUGAGAAGCGGCAGUUCUACCAGUGGAGUGGCUGUGCCAUGGAACCCUGGGAUGGCCCAGCCCUGCUGACCUUUUCCGAUGGCCGUUACAUUGGGGCCAUCCUUGACCGAAACGGGCUGCGGCCAUCUCGCUACUACAUCACCAAGGACAACUACAUGGUGAUGGCGAGUGAAGUCGGCGUGCUGGACAUCCCGUCCGAGAUGAUUGUGCAGAAGGGUCGCCUGCGUCCUGGACGCAUGCUGCUUGUCGACACCUUGGAGAAGAAUGUCACCAAGGAUGAGGACCUGAAGUUGCAGAUUGCCCGCCAGAGGCCACUGGGCGAAUGGCUGAAAGAAAUGUUCACUCUGGCGGACUUGCACGAAGCGGCGGGUCCCGUUCGCGUGCCAGGACUGCGUCGCCAGGACACCAGCACGUUUGCCAAGAGCAGCAAGGUGUUCCAAGACCUGCGGCUGCCCCUGUUUGGCUACUCGCCAGAGACCAUCAACCUUCUGCUGCUUCCCAUGGUUCAGACCGAGAAGGAGGCCCUAGGCUCUAUGGGUAACGAUGCUGCACUGGCGUGCUUAUCCCUCUGCCAACCACUCAUCUACGACUACUUCAAGCAGCUUUUCGCCCAGGUCACCAAUCCACCCAUUGAUCCAUUCCGUGAGAGGAUCGUCAUGUCUCUGGCAUGCCCAAUCGGACCAGAGGCCAACAUCCUGGAGCCCAGCCCAGCCCAGUGCCGGCGCUUGUGGCUGGAGCAGCCCAUCCUCUCCCUACGUGAUAUGGAGGUCAUCAAGGAGACCACUUACAGAGGCUGGAGGACGAAGGAAAUUGACAUUGUGUUCUCCGCAAGCGAAGGAGGCCCAGGCCUCCUGAAUGCCAUCCGUCGCAUCUGCGAUGAGGCUUGCACUGCCGCGAAGUAUGGCUACACGCUCAUCGUGCUGUCAGACCGGAAGGCUGGCAAGGACUUCAUACCUGUCAGUGCGGCCAUGGCUCUGGGUGCUGUCCACCACCACCUGAUCACCAUGCGGCAGCGCAUGAAGUGUGGCCUCAUUGUAGAGACUGGGGAGGCCAG